CCACAUCUAGGGCAAGCUGACUGAGAGGCGAUCCAGCGCUCAGCUCCUCUCUGCAGGCUGGGAAAAGAGACAGAGAGCGAAAGGCAACGAUUUUCAACGCAGGAGGAAGAAAAAAAACGUGAGAUUUUUUUUUGACACAUCAAGAAGAUACAAAAUCAACAAAGGAAGAUUUUCAUUUGCGGAUAUCAUUUAUUUAUACAUAUUGUUUAUAUAUCUAUAUAUAUAUUUGUACACACGCAUAUAGAUAUUUAUAUAUAUAAAUAUACAUUUAUCCUUGUACAUAUCCGUAUUUGUGCUCGUCUGUUUAUAUUAAUAUUUUUAUAUGUAUUUGUGUGUGUAAAUAUAUAUGAUAUAUAAACAAAAGAAUCUAUAUAUCUAUGAAUUUAUAUGCGUAUCACUGUGAGCCAAGAGAAGCAAGAAGAAAUUUCUAUAAUUUCUAUCAUCAGGGCUGGUCUCUGAUUGCGUGGUGGCAUACAAUAUCUUAAAUAUUUCCUUUGAUCUUCUACGUCAAGAGGACAAAGACUACGUGCCCAUUUUGUAUUUUUGUUUUUCUGUUGCUGCUUCCCAUCUGUCUCAGUUUCAGCCUUUUUUUUUUCUCUUCGUCCACGAGGAAUAAGGCGGGGAACAGCCGGAUUUGACCAAAAAAAAGAGAAAAAAAACGAAAAAAGAAGGGAAAUCUGUACAAAUUCCAGUGAUUUGUGUUAUUUCCUUCGGCGUAAGUGCUCUGUGUGCCGAUCACAGCGUGCCGUGUGAGAUCUGAGGAGGCAGCAGAGACCGAGUGCCACGCCGCUCAUCUCAGCGUCAGCCCAGCCAGCACAGCCAGCAUGCACAAACACCACCACUGCUGCAAGUGCCCAGAAUGUUAUGAGGUGACCCGUAUGGCAGCUCUGCGCAGGAUGGAUGCCCCGGCUUACGGAGGAGACUGGCAGGCCGAGCCCUAUGGAUACCCACCUGGGUAUGGGGGAGGACAGACCUUACCCCCUCCAGCCUCAGGAGGGGGUGGAAACAUGGGAGGUGGAGGAGGUGGUGGUGGAGGAGGAGGAGGUGGCACUUUGGGGAGAAGUAAGGGCAAGAUUAUGUCUGGUGGAGGCCCCGGAGGCCCCAACCCAAAGGGCCAGUCCAAGGGUGGACCCAAAGUAAAUGGCAACAACUCCAGUGGACAAGGAGGAUGGUGGCCUGAGUGCACCUGCACCAACCGGGAGUGGUAUGACCAGGCCAACCCUCCCCCCAUCAUUGUCAACGCAGACUCACUAGACGCAGGCCCUUAUGUAAAUGGAAGUGAUGGGAUGUAUAAAUAUGAGGAAAUCAUCUUAGAGAGGGGGAACUCUGGCCUUGGCUUUAGCAUCGCUGGAGGAAUAGACAAUCCCCACAUUCCUGAUGAUCCAGGGAUUUUCAUCACCAAGAUAAUCCCUGGAGGAGCAGCUGCUAUGGAUGGAAGGCUGGGGGUUAACGACUGUGUGCUGCGUGUGAAUGACGUGGACGUCUCUGAGGUGGUUCACAGCCGAGCGGUGGAAGCCCUGAAGGAGGCGGGGCCUGUGGUGCGGCUGCUGGUCCGACGGAGGCAGGCACCCCCAGAGACAAUCCUGGAGGUUAAUUUGCUGAAAGGACCCAAAGGACUGGGAUUCAGUAUCGCUGGAGGAAUUGGGAACCAGCAUAUUCCUGGAGACAACAGCAUUUAUAUCACCAAGAUCAUAGAAGGAGGAGCUGCCCAGAAAGAUGGACGACUGCAGACUGGAGACCGACUGCUAGCUGUGAACAACAUCGUGCUGCAGGAUGUGCGUCAUGAGGAGGCGGUAGCUGCGCUGAAAAACACCUCUGAUAUGGUUUACCUUAAGGUGGCCAAGCCAGGACCUGUGCAUCUGAACGACAUGUAUGCCCCCCCAGACUACUCUAGCAGCCUGGCCCUCCCUCCAGCCUUCCCCACCAUGGUGGACAACCACGUCAGCCACAACUACAUGGGGGCAAUGGAGCCAAAACCAGUGUACCCGCCACCCCAGGUGACCCCGUCAAGGUACUCGCCCGUACCCCGCCACAUGCUUGGGGAGGAAGACUUCACGAGGGAGCCGAGGAAGGUGGUGUUGCACAAGGGCUCCACCGGAUUGGGCUUCAACAUCGUCGGCGGGGAGGAUGGAGAGGGGAUUUUUGUCUCCUUCAUCUUGGCUGGAGGGCCAGCUGACCUGAGUGGCGAGCUGCGGCGGGGGGACCGGAUCCUAUCGGUGAAUGGAGUGAACCUUAGGAACGCCACUCAUGAACAAGCAGCAGCAGCCCUGAAGAGAGCGGGACAGACUGUCACCAUCAUUGCUCAGUACAGGCCUGAAGAGUACAGUCGCUUUGAGUCAAAGAUCCACGACCUGAGGGAGCAGAUGAUGAACAGCAGCAUGAGCUCAGGAUCAGGCUCCCUGCGCACCAGCGAGAAGCGCUCCCUCUAUGUCAGAGCUCUCUUUGACUAUGAUCGAACACGAGACAGCUGCCUGCCCAGCCAAGGCCUGAGUUUCUCUUAUGGGGAUAUCCUUCAUGUCAUAAACGCUUCUGAUGAUGAGUGGUGGCAGGCGAGGCUCGUCACUCCACACGGAGAGAGCGAGCAGAUCGGAGUCAUUCCUAGCAAGAAAAGAGUGGAAAAGAAAGAGCGAGCCAGAUUAAAAACGGUCAAGUUUCACGCCAGGACAGGCAUGAUUGAGUCCAACAGGCAGCCAGUUAAAGUGAAGCGCAAAAAAAGCUUCAACCUCUCACGCAAGUUCCCGUUUUACAAGAGCAAGGAGAAUAUUGUUGCCGACUUAGUGGAGUCUGAACAAUGCCUGACAUCCAACACAAGUGACAGUGAAAGUAGUUCAAAGGGUCAGGAGGACACAAUCCUUUCCUAUGAGCCAGUUAUCCGGCAGGAAAUCACCUACACAAGGCCUGUGAUCAUUUUGGGCCCAAUGAAGGACCGAGUAAACGACGACCUCAUCUCCGAGUUUCCCCACAAGUUUGGUUCAUGCGUUCCCCAUACGACCCGUCCAAGGCGAGAGAACGAGAUCGACGGCCAGGACUACCACUUCGUGGGCUCCAGGGAGCAAAUGGAGAAAGAUAUCCAGGAUAAUAAAUUUAUUGAGGCGGGUCAGUUUAAUGAGAACCUCUACGGGACGAGCAUCUUGUCAGUCAGAACCGUUGCAGAGCGGGGGAAACACUGCAUUCUGGAUGUGUCCGGGAACGCCAUCAAACGACUCCAGCAAGCACAACUUUAUCCGAUCGCCAUCUUUAUAAAACCAAAAUCCAUCGAAGCUCUAAUGGAAAUGAAUAAGAGGCAGACGUAUGAGCAGGCUAAUAAAGUCUUCGACAAGGCAGUUAAGCUGGAGCAAGACUUUGGAGAGUAUUUCACAGCUAUUGUACAGGGUGACUCACUAGAGGAGAUCUACAACAAAAUCAAGCUCAUCAUCGAGGAGCAGUCUGGUCCCUACAUCUGGAUUCCCUCCCCAGAGAAGCUCUGAGCUCCCUGCCGUCCUCCCUGCUUCGGUGCAGAGCUCCCUCCCAGAGACCCCCCCAAGCCCCUAACCCCACGUCCACAUGCCAAACCCUCCCCCCCUCUCCUCACCUCCUUUUUGCAGAUAUGUUUCAUAUCCAGUUUUAGUGUCAUCAUUAUGUUACUCUCUAAAUGAAAAAGAAGUCUUUAUCACCAUUACUGUGACUGUGCACACCCCUGCAUGAGUUUCUCAACAAAAACCAUUCAAGACUGGAAUUGCCAUUCCAAAGGAAUUUUGUCAAACAGAAGGGAAAAGGAGCGAGUUCCUUUAUGGGAUCGGGACUGCCUGAAGAUGGGCCUGUUGAGCAGAAAUCAGGAAGGAGUUAGUGAUUCAAAAAGAAGAAAUAUAGACAAAUCAAACCAAGUUGGAACACUUUGUAAAUGUUCAUCAGAUCACAUUAAAAAGACACGAGGAGAGGCGAAGAACAAUUAGGGUUUUGUUUUUAGUUUUGGGGGUUUUUUUAUAAACAGACUGGAUCCAUUUGAGCCCUGCUGAUGGUACUGUUGGAGGAGACGUAUGUUUAUACUGAUGGAGGAAAUUAGCAAAGAAGCCUAUUAAAAAAAACAACAGAAACUGGCAAUCUGUUCAUCACAAAGCAGCUCUCUGAUUGGUUGUCAGCGCUGCGGCUGAUGAAGGCAGAUCAAGAGGAAGAAACAUGUUGUGAAUCUCUACAUUUAUAUUAUAAGAUCACAAGAUAAAUCAUAAGUCCUCAGAUUUUACAGCAUAUGAAAAUCUUCACAUUUUACACUUCAUUAGAAACUGUCGCUUGGAGGGCUGUUAGGUUUUUUUUUGUGGGUUGUUUUUUUUUUUAUUUGCUCUUAUUUUUUUGGCUUGUGGUUUUUAGCUGCUCUGUAAAGGAAUGGGGGUAGAGAAGUGUAACCGGGCUCUCUGCAAAACACCAAACUGCCUUACAUGGAAUACACAUUGUUUUGUGAGCACCUGUUGUGAGGGAGGCUGCAAGCAAUCGAUGAGGGCCAGAUCUUUACUUCUGUGUCCUCCAAGCUUCAGGAGGUCAGACAUUAAGUGCAAUAGAUUUAAAAUCAAGUCUCACCUGCUCUGACUCCUUUCACAUCCUUGUUUUCAAACUUUUUUUUCUGUAUAAUCUGACAAUUUGGCUUUAUUUAAUCCGGACAGGUAGAGCCUCCCAGCUUCUGUUGAGCAGUAGACGACCCCAUUACACUCUCUGCCUUCCUAGAGGAUUCACUUCUGAUUGGUCACAUGGUACUGUCCUAUCUGCCGCCGCUGUGGUGGCCUUAAAAACGGGUAGAACAAGACAAUAAUUGUAUUGGAUGUUCUAAUAAUUAAAGAGUCAGUAUAAUCUGUUCUGAAUUGUCCCCCUCUACCAAAAAAACACUAAAGUUGGGUUUGAGUAAACCUUUUAUGCUUUGAGUAUCUAUAAAUGUGUUCAUUCUUAACGACUCUGAACCCCUGAGGUGAGCACACAGAAAAGAGUGUUGGUUGGAAGGGGUUUAAACUGGACGGCCUUUUCUCCUGCAGGACUAAGCUUUUUUCUUUUUUUCUUUUUGGCAUCACAGAGAUUUCAUCGCUCAGUGCAGUUUGCACGUCUGCAGGAGCAGCCCCAUCUCUGAACCCUCUUGGCCUUUUCAAGGUUUUUUUUUCAUGUGUUUUUAACUCAAAUGGAACCCAGAGCCGGGUCCCCAGCUCUCUCCUGCUCACAGCACCUGUAAGCUGCAGGAAUUGUUUUUAUUUUUAUUUUCCGAUCAGCUGUGCCCACCUACCAGGCACCGCCGCUGAACCAGCUGUCAUUACCUGUGUCAAAACCAGAGUUCAGGGAAUAACCGAAGGGAACAGAGCCAUUAACUGCUUGCAGACUGUUUCGAAAAAUGGUGUGGUAGCUAAACAAUGUAAAUAAGCCCCCCCCCAACCCAGCAGAUCAUGCAUGUGUGACUCAAACUUGGACAGACAUGUUUUAUAGACCACAGACAUCAGGUAAGUAAAAGUCUGAGCUACUCUCCACAUACAGGUUCCAUCCAAAUGUGCUGUAACGUCAGUAUUUCUCUUCUAAAGGAACCGUUGCCUGGUGAGAAGGGUUCCGGUUCCUGGAGUAGGCCCCCGUCUACAUGUGGUUUCUGGUGGAACGUGUGGGUGUAUAGUUUUAAAUAAAAAAAGACGUAUAAUGUAAAAUAAAAGCAAUUCAGACAGAAAGCUACAGAAACACAGAGCAUCGAUCAAACUUCAGAAGCGUAGAGUGGAUCCAAACCCAGCUGACUGUUAACGAUGUGUGAGCUUCUCAUGCCUCGGUCAGCCAUGUCCAAGCCCAAAGAACUCAAUCUCAUUCUCCUCUUUCCAUUGAGGCUGUGCUAACCAGAUGGUACCUGAAUGCCUCUGUGUAUAACUGACGAGGGUCGUUCUUAUGAGAAACAUAUUGACAUAUAUGCUUUUUAUUUUUUGGGGGGGGGGGUCGGGGGGGGGGCUCAGGGUCUCUGUUUGUACUUUUGGGUGAUGGUGUUUCUGUUCUAGCACAUCUGUGCAGUAAGUGCUUGCAAACAUGAACCCUUUGAUUGUACAGUAGUUUCCUUCCUGUCACUGCAGGUGGUACAGCCUAUCAGGACGCUCGGCCUCAUGGUCUACCCUGUCCUAGUCAUGAGGGAACGCAGUCCUGCAACUUUUGUUUGGGUUUUAUUUUGGGACUUGACAAGAGUUUAUUUGUUUGGAAAUAAAAUGUGACUCGGUUAUAAUCUUGA